AUGUGGAUGUCGCCCUCUACAGGCGAGUCAAUGGUAGAGCUCAGCUCCUCCUCCCAAAGGAAAAACAUGACACUGUCUUCAGAGCUGCACAAAGAAAUGGGACACGUGGGACAGAAAGGACUUUGGGAGACACACAAACAUGGAUGUGAAUGUGUGCGGCGCACUUCCUAAAGCCCUUAUUUGGAUGUUCUACUUGUUUGGAUGUUCUACUUGUGCCUCAUGUUCCUUUAAGCCCCGGAGGUCACUUCCCUGUCUCCUCCUCCUCCUCACUGUGGUUCAUGUUCAGCUCUGCGUCAGGGACAAAUCUGUGAACUGGAGCAUUUUUCGGAUUCCAAACUGUCUCUUCCUCAUCGUUUGGUUUUCCAGUGAGAAUCCAUCACGACAUCGGCCGAGAAUUCAAAAAUCAACUCUUCUCCCGGCUCCAGCAAACUUGUGGUCUCGGCGGCUCCCACACCGCACUUGAACCAUCGUCAGGGGAACAGGCAGGUGGAGCGUUUCAACAGGACCCUGCUCUCCAUGCUGACGAGCCUCACAGGCGGUGAAAAGACCGACUGGAAAGAAUCACUGGCAAAGGUAGCGCACGCCUGUAAUUGCACUAAAAGUGACGCCACAGGGUUCUCAGCAUAUUACCUGCUUUUCUACGGCAGCCCCAGACUCCCAAUAGACAUUCUGUUUAACCUGCCAAGCCAAGAACAACAAGCCAUGAGCUCUGAGGAGCAUGUGCAGAAGAGACAGUCACAAAUGAGCGAGGCCGAUCAGAUCACAGCUAAAGCAGCACAGAAAGAAGUUUCACAGAGUAAAUAUUAUUAUGACCAAACGACACAUGGUGUGUAGCUGUAUCCAGUCAACAGUCAAAGUGUAAAAUUCAGAUUAAUAGGCAAUAAACAUUUAUAAAUAGUCACGGUUUUAUUUACGAAAAACGAUGGAAACUUAAAACUGUUAUUACAGAGUGGAAAGAAAAGAAUAUUGUACAUAAAUGUAAUUUCUGUGUAAAUUAUAAUUUUUUGUAUUGUGUAUAUGUACAAUUAAAGUUAAUCAGCAGUAGCAGAAAGCCAAGGCAUCAGAAACUAAAGUCUCCAUUUAUUUUGUUUAUUUCAGUGCCAACCUCUCUCCACACAAAUAUUUUAAACUGUUAGAAGUUCCGGCCCAGUACCUGCUACACUAACAAAAAGAGGAUAUUUACAAUAUUUAACAAAAAGAGGCUCUAGUCAGCUGUGUAACUAAAAGUGACAAAAUUAGGUUGUACAAAUUAUAAUAACACAAAACAACAGAACAAACCAGUCUCCUCAAAGUCACAAAGGACUCAUAGUGUCUCGAGAAAAAGCUACUCAAGAGACACAACAAGUGGCCUGCAGCUCACAGCAGAACAGCAGCUGUGAGUGCCAGGGGGCAGGUCCUUUUAUAGGUGUGGCAGCUGCAGUUGUAGCCUCAGGACUGACCAGGUGUUAGUGCGAUGCACCAAUCAGCUGGAAGGGACCCAGGUGCCAGCUGGAAUUGAUUCCACCAAUCACAGCAGGGGCCUGGCAGACGGAGGCUUGCACACGCACAGGGAUCAACAGCAGGGACUUAAACAUACAGUAUAUGGCUCCAGGAGGAGCUGGAGCCCUGUGGCCGUAACAGCCAGCGCAGCGUAGAGGUGCCGAGGCUGAGGAGCAUCAGGAGCAGCUCAUCAAUCAUCCCUAACUCUAAACAUGGGCGUCCCACUCCUCACAAGCAGCUUAUUAAAACUGGUUCAGUGACAUAAAGACUAGAAACAGAAAUGCUAAGGCUUAAGAAAAAGCACAAGAUUUGUUGAGUUUAUUGCACGUGCCAAAAGUGUCUGAAUUAAACAUCGUGAUGGUGACAGACAAAGAGAAAAUGUUGGCCGAUUUUGUGUCUGGUUACAAGUAAAAAGUUAAUGUUUCAAUUAAAGGUGAAAUUGUUCAUUUAACUAGAGGAAAUAUUUGGUUAUUUCUAUAUAAAGUUGGUAUCUCCAGAUAUUCAAAAUGUUUACAAAAGGUCAUUUUAUAUUACAAAAGUGAUACUAAUGAUAUAACAGGCAACCAUUGUACUCAAGGGACAAUUUGGAUAAGAGGGGGAAAAAUGUUAGUUAUGUUGUAAAAAUGCACCUCCAAUAACACUUUUAAUGUUGUAAUGUUUUGAUUAUAUUUUGAUUCAUUUCUGUGGCUCUUUUACUCACAGAGAAUUAUUCAGGUUCAGCUGCAAAACCACAUGUGUCCAGUAGGUGUCGGUAAUGGCACAGUUGAGGCAGACUGAAGCUCUCGGGCGCAGCAGAAGAAGAGCUGUUAUUCUGUGUUUUUCUGUGUUUACAGAGCUACAAGAUCCACCAACAGAAUGACCUUCACAUGUGACCAGUGUGGGAAGGUGUGGCCAAAUGCUUCCAGACUUAAAGUACAUUACAGAACUCACACAGGAGAAAGACCAUACAGCUGUGACCAGUGUGAGAAGACAUUUUCACUGUCAAGCCACCUGGGAUCACAUAUGCGAAUCCACACAGGAGAGAGACCAUACGAGUGUGACCAGUGUGGAAAAGUGUGGCCAAAAGCUUCGCACCUGAAAAGACACUACAGAACUCACACAGGAGAAAGACCGUACAGCUGUGACCAGUGUGGGAAGGGAUUUAAACACUCUGGUGCGCUCAGUGAACAUAUGAGAAUCCACACAGGAGAGAAACCAUUUGACUGUGAAAUGUGUGGGAAGGGAUUUAGUCACUACAGUGCCCUCCAUCAACAUAUGAGAAUCCACACAGGGGAAAAACCAUACAGUUGUGAUGUUUGUGAGAAGACAUUUUCACUGUCAAGCUCCCUAGUAUCACAUAUGAGAAUCCACACAGGAGAGAAACCAUUUGAAUGUGACCAGUGUGGAAAGGGAUUUACAGAGUCUGGUCAUCUCCAUCAACAUAUGAGAAUCCACACGGGGGAAAAACCAUACAGCUGUGAUGUUUGUGAGAAGACAUUUUCACAGACAAGCACCCUAGUAUCACAUAUGAGAGUCCACACAAGAGAGAAGCCAUAUGAGUGUGACCAGUGUGGGAAAUCUUUCUCUCAGUCAUCCAAUCUGAAUACACACAUGAGAACUCACUCCUGGCUGAUCCUAUAUGAGUGUGACCAGUGUGAAGAGGCUUUUAGAACAUCCCAGGAGCUCUCCAGUCACUACCGAACACACACAGGAGACGAACCAGACGACUGUCAAGAAAGAGGGGAAGGAUUUCAGGUCUGUGAGGAACCGUCUGAAACAUGUCCAAAUGUUCCAGACUGAAGAGAAAAGCUGCAGCUCUGACCAGUGUGGGACGACUUUGAGACAAGCUGGUCAUCUGAAUGUGCACCCUCUUGAACACACUAAAGGAGAAAGAGCUGCUGAGGCCGAAUCAAGUGAGACUAAACUCAGACUCAAAAAGCUGGAGAUCAGACUUCAGAGACUCCAGACUGUGAAACUAAGCUCUAUGUAGUGUCAACAAUUAAAAGCUUUAAAUUAUAUGUAAAGAUAUUUUUUAUUAGGAAGAGGUUUUAGUUGAAGUUUGUCCAGGGAUGCACUGAUACCACUUUUUUGAAAACCGAUACGAGUAUUAUAAUUCUUAUAGUAACCUGUACUUGCCGAUACUGAGCACCGAUACCAAUACGUUAAUCCCCACCCCCAUGAACAUAAACUGAGUGUGUUUCCAUACACAUGAGUGUCCCAUUUAUUCUCCAUAUCCCGGUUAUGUCAGUAUUUGGGAUGUGCUGUUCACAUGCGCUGAGAAACCGGGACACUCAUGUCCCAUGUCCCAGUGACAUGAUCAGAUGGAAUAUCCCAGUUUCUCGACAUAAUCUUACAAAUGUGCAAGCGCAGAAGUUAUAUAUUUAAUAAACUGUGAAAUAUACAAAUAACCAUGAGAUUAGAAUGUGUUUAAUUCAGCUUUGCCACAUUUGUUUACAUUUUACAGAAACAAAACCUAAACCUUAUGACUCAUUUGCAUAAAUUAUAAGCACUGAAAAAAAAUAAAAAUAAACGUGACCUGAUGUGGUUCAGUUUCUGUUGGACUAAAGGACACGACUCAGUGGAAUAUGAGUGUUCUCUCUGUGACAGAGGAUGUGCUGCUGAUGUUGAGUCUGUUCUGUGUUUCUGUCGUGUUGGAGAUGGUUCAUGUUUUCAGAGAUGGUUCAUGUUUUCAGAGAGUGCAGCUCUUUAUUUAACAUCAUUUGACUCAUGCACAGUCACUUCAUUUAUGUCGGCUCCAUUUUGAUGUAAAGACUGAAAGGUGUAAAUAAUUCUCAUAACACUCACACUUUAGUGAAGAUGAUGGGCUUGUUGUAGUCCAUGAUGUUUGUUGUGUCCUCACUGCUCCUUCCUCCUCCUUGGUUCUUAUAGUCGACCUCACGUCAUAAACUUGCCCCAGACAUGUUGUUUGUCUAUUGGACGUAUUCACACUUAACAUUGCCACAUUUGGGAUACUGCAUGUACACGCCACAGUAUCCUGGUAACUAUCGGAAUAUCCCACCUACAAUAUCCUGGUUUGUGAUAAUUGGGAUACUGGCUUAUUCUGGAUACUGUAACUGGGAUACUCCAUAAUGUGUCGUGUGAUUGUGCUAUCGGUGCGUGAUAUCAACAAAUGUUUAACGUGUAGGAGUAUAUGAAGGAAGUAUCGUAUCGGUGCAUCCCUAGUUUGUCCAUGUUGUUCUUCAUUGUAUUGUUUUUCACUUUGAGUCUUUAGUCCUGCUUCACUGCACUUCCCUAAUCAGAGACAGACCUGAAAUUGCACUUUGUCUUUUUAUUCUGUUUUGACUCUUUUUAGUAACCCACAGAUUCAGGUUUAUUCUUUUCAUGGCUGCUGUGAUGAAAAACGUGAAGUAAAAUACUAGAAUUAGAAUCUGUUUUAGUGUUUUGCAGAUGUAGAUAAUGUAAUAAUGCAGGAGACAAAACACAAGUCCAGGUCUGUUUUUGAGGAGGGAGCAGCAUUAGAACAGGACUUAAAGCUCACAGGAGUCUAUUUUACAUAAUAUAGAACCUUUUAAACAAAUUAAUCUAAUAUUGAAUUAUAAUUAUUACAAACCUGUUGAAUAAUACAAAAUAAAAAAAAGUUUAUGUUCACGGCCCUGGUACAGAACAUAAGCUUGUAGUUUAAUGAGAUUCAUUUGGUCUAUACUUUAUGUUAACAUAAAGUAUCGGAAGACCAAAUGAAUCUCACUGGACGAUAAGCUUGUAGUGUUCAGCCAUUACAGAUGAGUGGGAAUAUUCUUGUUAAUGAAUGAAUUUGCAAUAAUCACCAAUUUACCCCAAAAGAACCAUUUGUGUUCCAAAACCUGAGGGAGAUUGUGCCACUGUGUAAAUAAAAG